AUGGGGCAAGAGGAUCUGAUGAACACAGCCGAGGACGUGGCGGACCAGUUCCUGCGGGUCACGAAGCAGUAUCUGCCGCACGUGGCCCGGCUCUGCCUCAUCAGUACCUUCCUGGAGGACGGGAUCCGGAUGUGGUUCCAGUGGAAUGAGCAGCGGGACUACAUCGAGGCCACCUGGAGCUGCGGGUACUUCCUGGCCACGUGCUUUGUCCUGCUGAACCUUGUCGGGCAGCUCGGCGGCUGCGUCCUCAUCCUCAGUAGAAACUUUGUACAAUACGCCUGUUUUGGAUUAUUUGGGAUCAUUGCACUUCAGACCGUAGCUUACAGUAUUUUAUGGGACCUCAAGUUCUUGAUGAGGAACCUGGCCCUGGGCGGUGGGCUGCUGCUGCUGCUGGCAGAGUCUCGCUCUGAGGGGAAGAGCAUGUUUGCUGGAGUGCCGUCAAUGGGAGAGAGUUCCCCCAAACAGUACAUGCAGCUGGGGGGCCGCGUGCUGCUGGUGCUGAUGUUCAUGACGCUGCUGCACUUUGACUCCAACUUCUUCUCCAUCCUGCAGAACAUGGUCGGCACCGCCCUUAUCAUCCUGGUCGCCAUCGGCUUCAAAACCAAACUUGCCGCUUUGACACUUGUUAUUUGGCUCCUGGCGAUCAACGUCUACUUCAACGCCUUCUGGACCAUCCCCGCCUACAAACCCAUGCACGACUUCCUCAAGUACGACUUCUUUCAGACCACCUCAGUCAUCGGCGGGCUGCUGCUGGUGGUGGCACUAGGACCUGGGGGAGUCUCCAUGGACGAGAAGAAGAAGGAGUGGGAGGGCUCUACAGAUGACGUCACAUUUCAUUCAUAUAAACCGGUGAGAAGCGCUUUCAGCGCAGAGCACGUGGUGUGGCCCAGACUCGUAUCCAGCGGCAGACUAUCGUGGAGGCUCAUCAUGUCCAAAGGCUCAGUGGUCUUGGCCUACAGCGGGGGUUUGGACACGUCCUGUAUCCUGGUCUGGCUCAAAGAACAGGGCUAUGACGUCAUCGCAUAUUUGGCUGACAUUGGGCAGGAGGAGGACUUUGACGCAGCUCGGGAGAAGGCAAAGAAACUGGGAGCAACAAAGGUGUUCAUUGAGGACCUGCGCGAGGCCUUCGUGCAGGACUUCAUCUGGCCGGCGGUUCAGGCCAACGCCGUGUACGAGGACCGCUACCUGCUCGGCACCGCGGUCGCCCGACCGUGCAUCGCCCGCCGCCAGGUGGAGGUCGCUCGUAAGGAGGGCGCCCAAUAUGUCUCCCAUGGUGCAACUGGGAAGGGAAACGACCAGAUCCGGUUUGAACUGACCUGCUACGCUCUGUACCCGGAGGUCAAGAUCAUUGCUCCCUGGAGGAUCCCAGAGUUCUACAACCGCUUCAAGGGACGCACCGACCUGAUGGACUUCGCUCAGAAACAUGGUAUUCCUGUUCCUGUCACUCCGAAGGCGCCGUGGAGCAUGGACGCCAACCUGAUGCACAUAAGCUACGAGUCUGGGAUCCUGGAAAACCCAAAGAGUCACGCUCCCGCCGACCUUUACCUGAUGACCACCAACCCCCAGGACUCCCCGGACGCCCCCGACGUCCUGGAGAUAGAAUUCAAACACGGAGUUCCAGUCAAAGUGACGAACGUGAAAGAGGACGUUUCUAAGACUUCUUCUCUGGAAAUCUUCUCGUACCUGAAUGAGAUCGGGGCGAAGCACGGUGUGGGGAGGAUAGAUAUAGUAGAGAACCGCUUCAUUGGGAUGAAGUCCAGAGGGAUCUACGAGACCCCGGGAGGGACCAUCCUGCUGAGCGCUCACCUGGACAUGGAGACCUUCACCCUGGACAAAGAGGUCCGCAGGAUCAAGCAGGGACUGGGGGUCAAGUUCUCUGAGCUGGUCUACAACGGGUUUUGGUACAGCCCAGAGUGUGAGUUUGUGCGACACUGCAUCGCCAAGUCUCAGGAGAACGUGGAAGGAAAGGUGCAGCUGUCCGUGUUCAAGGGCCACGUCUACAUCCUGGGCCGCGAGUCUCCCACGUCCCUCUACAACGAGGAGCUGGUCAGUAUGGACGUUCAAGGAAACUAUGAUCCAUGCGACGCUUCAGGGUUCAUCAGAAUCAACGCCGUCAGGCUGAGGGAGCACCAUCGUCUCCAGGGUUUCUCAGGCAUCAAGAAGUAA